AUGAUAUUAAGGCAUUUGAAACUAUCCUUCCGUGAUUCACAUUCGUUUAUGCAUUCAAUCGGUGAUCUGACAGCAAAAAUUCGUCAAAAAUGGUCACGAAUUUUCAUAUACAAGGAUUUAGAAGAAUUUACGAACGACGAACGUGGAGGUGGUAAAACCAGUGAUAGUUUUUAUGACACAUUUCCUGAAGUUGAGUUCGAAGCACGUGCCUAUGGAUUUUCAGCCAAAGCCGGAAGCGUUGUGGAUGAAGAAUUAGCCGAUUUCGUCGAUAAAAAUUACUAG